GUUUUGCAGAUGGAGAGGAUAGUUACUUACCAUUACCAUUGACUCAGAGACAAAAGCUUAUUCUCAAGAUAGCAAAAACUCUGCUCCAUUUAACAAAUGGCUCAAGGAUUGGAUCUGAUCUGGAUGGUGAUCUCUUUUCUUCUUCUUCAGAUUCAUCUGUCAAGUCAACAAGAAACUAGUUUCAUCUUCAACUGUUUUCGUCAAGGAGAUCUUCAUGUUGAUGGAGUUGCUCAGAUCCUUCCCGGUGGACUACUUCAGCUGACCAACACUUCAGAGCAGAAGAUGGGUCAUGCUUUCUUCAAGCAGCCGUUUGAGUUCAACUCAUCUGAAUCUCUCUCCUUCUCAACUCAUUUCGUCUGUGCAAUGGUGCGUAAACCGGGAAUAACCGGAGGAAACGGGAUAGCUUUCUUCCUAUCUCCCACCAUGAAUCUCUCAGAGGCAGAUGCAACUCAAUACUUGGGUCUUUUCAACACCACAACAAACAGAUCUCCUUCAGCUCGUAUCUUUGCUGUUGAGCUUGAUACUGUCCAAAGCGCAGAGUUUGAUGACAUCAAUAACAAUCAUGUUGGUGUCAACGUGAACAGCUUGACCUCAAACGUAUCUGCUCCAGCUACUUACUUUUCAGACAAAGAAGAUCGGAACAAAACCAUAAACCUCUUGAGUGGAGAUUCCAUCCAGGUCUGGGUGGACUACGAUGGAACUCUACUAAACGUUUCACUGUCACCUCUUGGAGCUCACAAGCCGCCAAGUCAGAGUCUUAUCUCAAUAUCCAUCGAUCUUUCAGAAAUUCUCCAAGGAAGAAUGUUUGUAGGAUUCACUGCAGCAACAGGGCAGUUAGCAAACAACCAUUACAUACUCGGUUGGAGUUUCAGCAGAAACAAACAAUCAUUACAAAGCCUAAACAUCUCUAAACUCCCCAACGUUCCUCACCCUAAGAAAAAAGUCUCUCCGGUUCUGAUUCUCCUCUUGAUCCUACUUGGAAUCAUAGUCUUGGUACUUCUCGGAGGAGCUUACCUCUACAGGAGAAACAAGUACGCAGAAGUAAGAGAAGAAUGGGAGAAAGAGUACGGUCCACACCGUUACUCCUACAAAACCAUAUACAAAGCAACAAGAGGCUUCCACAAAGAUGGGUUUCUCGGUAAAGGAGGAUUCGGAGAAGUCUACAAAGGAACACUCCCUAACGACGGAGACAUAGCAGUGAAAAGAUUCUCACACGACGGAGAACGAGGGAUGAAGCAAUUCGUCGCCGAGAUAGCAAGCAUGGGAAGGUUAGACCAUAGAAACUUAGUCCCACUUCUUGGUUACUGCAGGCGCAAAGGAGAGUUCUUCCUCAUCUCCAAGUACAUGCCUAACGGAAGUCUAGACCAGUUCUUGUUCCACAACAGAGGAGGAGAAUCAUCAUCUCUUCCUUGGACCAAAAGGUUUUGGAUUAUAAAAGGAAUAGCAUCAGCGCUUUGUUACUUACACAAAGAAGCCGCACAAGUUGUUCUCCACAGAGACAUCAAAGCUUCAAACGUAAUGCUUGACUCAGAGUUUAACGGAAGGUUAGGAGAUUUCGGUAUGGCGAGGUACCACGAACACGGAGCUAACCCAACCAUGACGGGAGCUGUAGGAACAAUGGGAUACAUGGCUCCUGAGUUGACGUCAAUGGGAGCUUCCACUAGAACAGACGUAUACGCCUUUGGAGCGUUUUUACUCGAAGUAGCUUGCGGGAGGAGACCUGUGGAGGUUAACGUGGCGACGGAGAAGCAGUUUCUUGUGAGAUGGGUUUGUGAGUGUUGGAGGAGGAAUGAUUUGCUUAAAGCUCGUGAUCCGAAACUGAGUAGUGGUGGUGAGUCUUUUUCGUCUUCACGGUGUGUGGAGUUGGUGAUGAAAGUUGGGUUGUUGUGUACGAAUCUUGUUCCCGAAGAGAGACCGGAGAUGGAGAGAGUUGUGCAGUAUCUUGAAGAGCUGGUUCCGUUGCCGGAGUUUUCACCGGAGACGCCGGGGAUUGGGAUACUUAGUUCGGUUAUGGUGGGAGGAAGCUCAUCUAACGGUUCGGCUCCAGCGACUGAAUCUAUGUUUAUUACUCACUCCAUUCAGUACGGAGAAGGACGUUGAAAUCUAAGAAGCUCAAAGCUCAAACGUUGUGUUCUUGUAAUUACAAUUUUUGUUUUUUGUUUUUAAUGUUUGCAAAGAUUAUUAUUGUGAAAAAUUGUUUUAGAGAAUGUAUGAAUUAAUGGGCUUAUUU